ACAUUAUUUCAUUUUCCUCUUCAAAUAGAUCUCCGUAUCCAUCCGCGUCUCUAAUUCGAUCACCGCCCUGCCAGCUGAUUAAUCGAUCCUAAAUGGGAAGUUGUUUAUCUUCAACGAAAGGUCACACAGUAAUGGAGAAGCACAACUCCGCCAACGUCAUUUCGUCCACCGGAGAGCUGCGCCAGUUCUCUAUUCCGGUUAAAGUCUCUCAAGUUCUUUUCUCCGAGUCGACGACGACCACGACCACUUCGGCUCUCGAUCACGCGUCCUUUUUCAUGUGCAACUCCGACCGUCUCUACUUCGAUGAUUACAUACCCCCUAUGGACCAGGAGGAUGAGCUCGAAGCCGGUCAGAUCUAUUUCCUUCUCCCCACCAAUAAGCUUCAGUAUCGUCUCAGCGCAUCCGACAUGGCCGCUCUCGCGGUUAAGGCCAGCCUCGCCCUUCAGACCAUAAAUCGCCGCCGCCGAAGCAGGAGCAAGAGGAUCAGUACGAGUAAAUCUAGGAUCUCACCCGUGAUCUUCCAGCAAUCUGAUCACGGUCAACUCCAACAAUAUGACAGUCAUAGCGGUGAGACAAUUAUUAGCAAGGGUGCGACGUCGUCGUCAUCGGGACUAGGAGUUCCGAUGAGUUCCAGACCCGCGAGGAAGCUGAAAAGAUACUCGUCCCAGCGGGCUAAGAUGGCUGUUCGUUCUUUCAGACUCAGGCUGACGACUAUUCAAGAAGGAUCUGUACUGGGUCCAUUUUACUAGUUCUGAUCUAUAUAUAUACUCGUGAAGACUGAAAAUAUUUUCUUUAAUUUUUUGUUUUUGGUGAUCAUGGCGGUUAAUUACUCCCCCCGACUAUGUAAAAAGUUACGGUUUGGUGAGAGGAAGCGCCUUCUAGGUUUUACCGAGUAUUAAUUAAUGCAUGAAUGCUUGAGUUCUGCAGAGUAACUUUAAUUACUUUUUGAGGGUAAACGACAUACUGUGUACAUACAAUUAACUACAACUGCAUGCUGUAUUAAUCCAUCUUCUCUUCUCGUCUCUGCUGCU